ACGGUCUCUGCAGUGCCAGCAGAAAAAUGAAAAGAAGGCGGACCUGCUCUCAUCUCUUUUAUUGAGUUUAUUUCCCCCACACAUAUUAUCCUUUCACUUAAUGUGUGUGUUUUGAAUGCCACAAUCGUGCGUAAAAACAGCGUGGAGGAGGAGACGCCCGGUGGCAUGACUGGCCUCCCGUGUUCUCGGUCUGAUGAAGUAGCGGUGCACCGACUGGGCUGGAAACACCGCGCCGGCCGACAGUAGCCUGUGUGUGGGUGAAGGAGAGCGGGUCCUGCCCCCUUCAACCACCAACCUGCAGUCUGGUGACACCGCGACCAUGGCAGGCUACCAUGAGGACCUUAACUAGUCCUAGUCCUGCUGCCGCUGAGCUGUUAGCCCCGUAGUGUCACGGUUCCACUAUGCCCGACCGCCGGUGCUCCAUGCGGCUCUCCUCUGCCUGAUCGCACCGUUACAGGCCUGCUUUUUCCAUCUGGAGGUCUCUCGGCAGGAGAAAGCAGGCCGGCUAGCUCUCUGCCUUCUCCUGCUGCAACGCAUCUCUGGGCUUUGUUUUUGAUGGUGCAGAUUUUUCCAUGACAGUGUCGCCUUUAUCAAUUCGAGGACUUUUUAACUCCAAAAGAGUAUUUUAUGGGCUUCAUCUCGGCGGAUGAUCUGCGGGCCUGAGAAGCCAAGAUGGUGAACUGGAGGCGGCUGCUGCGAAUGUCCAACCGCUCGUUCCUGGCCUUCAUCUUCUUCUUCUCCAUGUCCACCACCUGUCUCUACUUCAUCUACGUGGCUCCGGGAAUAGCCAACACAUACUUCUUCAUGGUGCAAGCUCAGGGCAUCAUGUUGAGGGACAAUGUGAGGACCAUCGGCCAGAUGAUUCGAUUGUACACCAACAAGAACAGUACACUCAACGGGACCGACUAUCCUGAUGGCAGUAACUCCAGUGAAUACCUAGUGCAGCCAACCACGUACCUCCCUGAGAACUUCACCUACGCCCAGAACCUCCCCUGCCCACAGCGAUUACCUUCUAUGAAGGGCCUUAUGGAAGUGAACAUGACAGAGAUCCCCAUGGAGGAGAUAGAACUGAAGUUCACCAAGUUUUUUGACAUUGAGUUUGGAGGCCAUUGGAAACCAAAGGACUGCAGACCUCGCUGGAAGGUGGCCAUACUGAUUCCAUUUAGAAACCGCCACGAACAUCUCCCCAUCCUCUUCCAACACCUAAUCCCCAUGCUGCAGAGACAGCGGCUGCAGUUUGCCUUCUACGUCAUCGAACAGAGUGGGAGCCAGCCCUUCAACAGAGCCAUGCUGUUUAACGUGGGAUUCCUGGAGGCCAUGAAGGACCUGGACUGGGACUGCUUGAUCUUCCAUGACGUCGACCACAUCCCCGAGAAUGACCGCAACUACUACGGCUGUGGUCAGAUGCCGCGCCACUUUGCUGCCAAGCUGGACAAAUACAUGUACAUUCUUCCAUACAGCGAGUUCUUUGGUGGCGUGAGUGGACUUGCUGUGGAGCAGUUCCGCAAGAUUAAUGGCUUUCCCAACGCAUUCUGGGGCUGGGGAGGAGAGGAUGAUGACUUGUGGAACAGGGUUCACUACGCUGGUCUGAAUGUCACGCGACCGGAGGGAGAGAUCGGCAAGUACAAGUCCAUUCCUCACCACCACAGAGGAGAGGUCCAGUUCCUCGGGAGGUAUAAACUGCUGAGGUAUUCCAAAGAGCGGCAACACUUGGACGGCCUCAACAACCUCCAUUACAGCCCCCACACCUCCCUCAGCAGCCUCUACAAGAACAUCACGGUGGACCUGAACCCCGAGCUCGCCCCUAUCGCAGACUACUGAACUGCCCCCACCCCCCCCCACCGCCGACCUCCACCAACCCCGUCUCCUCCUCCUCCUCCUCCUCCUCCUCCUCCACACCCCCCCCACUUGCUCACCCCAGCUCCCCUCCGGCCUGGCCUCCCAGUGCCCCCGUUCAGAGCGGCGGUGCAGCGGAGGAGGAGAGGAGGGAUGGGGGGGCACAGGCCGAGAGGGGUGAAGAGGCGCUCCAUGUAAUGCUGCCAAGAAAUCUUAGUGAGGAAAAAAAAAAAAAAUGAAACCGAAAAAAAAGAGGAAAAAAUGAAGAGGCAGUGGCGAGUCUCUCAAAGUGAACUGUUGAUUGUGUGUGUGAGUGAAUGAGCGUGUGUGUGUGUGUGUGAUGGGUGAGUUGCUGCAUGUCUUUUUUGUCCGUGCCGGCUUAACUACUACAAGAUGACAUGAGUUGGUUUAGGUUGGAGGGAGCAGCAGCAUCUCAAAAGCCUUAAUGUGGCAGAACCACAGCUCCCUCGGCUCGGCUCGGCUCGGCUCGGCGCCGCACUGCUUCACUUCUGAUGUAUCACCGUCACCUUACAAGCCAACACACAAAGUUGUUGUCUCACUUUCUACUAUCAUUUUGUUUUAUACAUAUCAUUUAGUUUAGGGCCACGGGGGGGUAGGGAUCUGAGCGAGGUUGACAUUAUAAUGUUCUUCUUUUUUUUUUUUUUUUAUUUUGAUACGUGCUAUUUAUUUUUUUUCUUCUGAUUGAGGAUGUUUGAAGAAGCACUCCUUGUCUGUGUCACUCAAAGUGUUGGCUGCUUUUGUUUUUCGCUGCACUGCUGCUGAAAUCCGCAUGAACAUGUAUGUAAAUAUCGGCCUCUUAAAAAGCUCGAACACAAAUAUGUAAAUAUGGGCCUUGAAACUUGCUCGGGCAUAUUACAGUGAUAUUCCAGUG